UUAGUCCUUGGAAACGAACAAUUCGUUUGCCUCCUUUCUCCUUCCUCUCUUAAAUCUCACUCAAAUUCCUCCAAAUCAGUUGGCGAGAUCCAGCGAACCACAAUUAAGUUCGCAUUAUACGAUAACGUUCAAACAACGCCAUUGUUACUUUUAGUAUCUUUUGAUCUGAUCUGUGUUCAAAAGAUAGAUCCGGAAAAGUUAUUUUGGUUAACACCUUUGCUAUCAUCUAUUACAUCCAUGUUUGGAGGUCUAGCAACUGCUCUUUCUAAUAGUCCACAUUUAAGGAAGUCUGGAAGUAGACCCGUUUUCUUGGAUCCUGGUAAUGAGGCAGGUAAUAAUGUUGAGGAAGGUUUCUUGCAAACAGAGGCUAACGGAGUGAAGAUUUUGGGUUCACCAAUCAUGCCAUCUCCUGUAUUAUUAUGGAGAUUUAAGGUAUUAUUAUUCUUUGUUUGGGGUUUCGUUUGCUGUAAGGUUGGAUGGGAUUCUGUUAUGAGAAUGAGUGCAGACUUGAGGGAUCUUUUUCUGUACGAGGCAUUUCUGUAUUAUAAUCCUCUUCUUCUUGUGACCAUGAUGGUUUGGUUCUGGGGAGUAAAUUUAUGGGUUUUCUCCCAGGCUAAUGUCAAUUAUACAAAAAUUUUUGAUCUCAAUCAAGAUCAUCUUACUCACAGAGAUAUAUGGAAGUGUGCCACAUGGAUGACUAUUGCUGUCCCAAGUAGCAUGACGGCAUAUCUAUAUCUAUACUCGCAUGGAGAAGUAUCAUUGGCUGCUUCUCAACCAGUUCUUUUAUAUCUUGCUGUUGUGAUGAUAUUGAUAUUUCCAUUUGAUAUUUUUUACUUGUCAUCCCGCUAUUUCUUGCUAAGAACUCUUUGGCGGAUAGUUCUCCCACUACAGGCAAUAUCAUUUCCUGAUUUUUUCUUAGCUGAUAUCUUGACUUCCAUGGCAAAGGUGUUCUCAGAUUUGGAGCGUUCAGUAUGUCGAAUGGUUCAUCGACAGGUAGCCACUAUUGCGUGGUUUGAGGCUGAUUCUGUUUGUGGCAGUCACUCCAUUGCAAUCCCUUUGGUUUUAGUUUUGCCUUAUCUCUUCCGCUUGUUUCAAUGUCUUCGACAAUACAAAGACACCAGGGAGAAGACAACCCUUUUCAAUGCUCUGAAAUAUUCAACAUCAGUACCAGUGAUUUUUCUUUCAGCCCUUAAAUAUCAUGUCUUCCCUGAGAGGUGGACAAACUUUUAUCGGCCACUCUGGCUCUUGUCUAGUGUUUUGAACUCAUCGUACUCAUUCUAUUGGGAUUUGACUAGAGAUUGGGACUUGAGUUGCUUCACUCGGAUUUUUAAGUUCAGCAAACCAAAUUUCUUCUCUUUCGUUUUUUAUGGUCGAAAAUGGGUAUAUGCUUGGGUGAUAGGAAGCAAUUUGAUCCUCCGAUGCAUAUGGACAUACAAGCUGUCUGCUCAUCUCCGGCAUAAUUACCUUACUGUGUUCGUAAUCACUGCCUUGGAGAUAUUCCGUCGCUUCCAAUGGGCCUUUUUCCGUGUUGAAAAUGAGUGGAACAAAAUGAACUCCUCCAAAUCCAAUAUUCAGCUGGCUGCCAACGACAUCACAAAUGAAGAUGCCAAAUUACUCGUUCCUACUGACCACAAUGUAUAAGACCAACUAGUGGUUGUCUUGCUACCAGCUGUACCCGAGGCUUAUGCACUCUUCAUUAAAAAUUUUGAAGUUCAAUUCUAUAUAGAGAGACCAAAAUUCUUUUGUUCAUAGAAAUUUUGGUCAAAAUUAUCAAUACAGGUACAUUACUUCUUUCUCUUUUUUUCA